AUGGAGGUCUUCAUCGCCAACGGCGCCGCGGAGCAGCUGCAGGACCGCGCGCCCCUGCAGAUCCUGCCGGCCACCAAGACCGUCGCGGACUUGCUGCGCGACGUCGCGGCCGGCGUCAGCAUCGCCCUGCCGCCCGCCGCCGGCGCCCCCGCCGCCGGCGCCGGACCGCCCGCGUUGGGCUUUGGCCGCGGGUCGGGCGGCGGCUUUGCGCCGCCCCAGUUUGGACGGGCCCCGGGCGCGCCGCAGCAGCCGCUGCAGGCGGCGGCGGUGCUGGUUGCGGGGCCCUUUGGCUCCGUGGCGGCCGCCGAGGCUCCGCAGCAGGGCAGCUCAGCCAUGGCGGUCGACCCCCCGGGCAGCUACGGCGGCGCCGCCGCCCCCGCCGCCGCCGCCGCGGCUGCGCCCCUGCAGGCCGCGCCCGCGCUGCCAGGCCUGCAGCAACGGCCGCAACAGGGCCCGCAGCAACCGCCGGCGACGCUGGUAGCACCCCCACAGCAGCAGCAGCAGCAGCAGCAGCAGCAGCAGCAGCAGCAGCAGCAGCAGCAGCAGCAGCAGCAGCAGCAGCAGCUGUCUGCUGACCCCGCGCUCCGCGAGGCCGCGGCGCGCGACCUGCUGCUCUCCCGCAUGACGCCAGAGGAGCGCGCCACGGCCCCGCCCUCCGACGUCACCCUCGCCCUCCGCGGCCUGCUGCGGACGCUGCACGUGACGGGGGCCGACGCCGCGGCGCAGAUGGCCCAGCUGCAGCAGGAGCUCACGAAGGUGCAGUUCCUGGUGCUGUUUGCGCUGGCGCGGGUGUACGCGCAGGACGAGGAGGUCCGGCGCGCGGUCAACGCAUGCUAUGAGGCCGCGCAGGGUGGCCCUCCGGAGCAGCAGCAGCAGCAGCAGCAGCAGCAGCAGCAGCAGCAGCAGCAGCAGGGGCAGCAGCAGCAGCAGGCGCCGCCUGUUGUCAACGAGGUGCGGCUCGUGAAGACCGGCAGCGGGCACCUGCGGCCCAAGGCGGCCGCCGCGGUCCCCCCACCCGUGUCGUCGCAGCAACAGGAGCAGCAGCAGGUGGUAGACGCGCAGCCGCAGCCGCCGCAGCAGCAUCAGCAGAAGCAGGGCCCGCCGCCGCUGCGGGACGAGGCCAAGUUCUGCACGCCGCACGACAGGGCGCGCGUCCCCGCGUUGCUGGAGUACUACGGCCACCAGGAGGCGACGGCGCUGCUGAACGACUUCAACCAGCGCAUAAGGAAGCAGGGUGGCGACGCCGCGCAGCUGCUGGUGUUUAGCGAGCGUACCGAGGGGCCGUGGAAUGAGUACGUGGUCGCGCAGGGCGGCCGCGUGCUGGGCCGCGCGGUCGACACGCCGAAGCACGCGGCCAAGCGCAGCGCGUGCGGCGCGGCGCUGGUCGCGCUGCACGACGCGGGGGUCGACCUGCCGCGGUCGAAGAGCGCGCUCAAGGGGCCGCCGCUGCCCAUGCCGCCGCGCGGCGGGAGCGGUGGCGGGGGCGGCGGCGGCGGGAGCGGCGGCGGCGGGAACGGCGGCGGCGCGGCGGCUGGCGGCGGCGCGCAGGCGUCACAACUCCGGCCGCCGCCGCCGCAGCAGCAGCAGCACGAGGCGGCGGCGGCGGUGCGGCACCUGCCGCCCGUGGAGCGCCUGGCGGUGCAGCUGCCCGCGCAGAUCCAGCACCUCCCUGCUGGCCAAGGGCCCUCAGCACCCGUCCAGCCGGGGCAGCCCCGGCCCAACAUAGCUCCGCCGCGGCCCCAGCCGCAGGCGAAGCGCGGCGCAGCCGGCGGCGGCCCGGCUCCGCAGCAGCCGGGGCCGAAGCCGGCGCAGCCGCGGCCAAAACGGAGGUGGGAGGACGCCCGUGCGCAGGACGCCCCCGUCGACACGAGCCUUGCCAAGCGGGCCCGGCCGCCCAGCGCUCAGCCGCAGCAGCCGCCGCCCGGACACGCUCAAGCUGGCAGCCUGCUGCAGGCGCACCUUCAGCCCCCGCAGAAGCACGGCCAAAGUGACGCCCAGCGGCUCGCCCCGCCGGGGCAGCAGCAGCAGCAGCAGCCGCAGCACCUGCAGCACCCGCAGCCGGGCCAGCACCGGCAGGUCCAACAGCUGCAGCAGCAGCAGCGGCAGCAGCAGCAGCCGCCUGGUGCGUCCGUCCACCUGCAGGCCAGGCAGGCGCCGCCCGCGGCACCGCCGCCGGCUCAGCAGGUGCAGCAGGUGCUGCGCAUUGGGCUCAACGGCGUGCACGGCGCGCCCAACGGCGUGCACGGGGCGCCCAACGGCGCGGCGGGAGCCCAUGGGUUUGGCCUGCGCGCGUCGAGCAUCCCAGUGGUCAGCGGUGCGUUCUACAGCGGCGGCCAGAUCCCCCUCCUGAGCCACGCGCCCAUCGGCGCGCCCGCGCCGCGCCCCGGCGUCCCCGGCCCGCGCCCGCCGCCGGGCGGGCCGCGCCCGCCCCCGGGCGCGCCGCCUCCUCAGCAGCAGCGCGUGCACGCGCACCACUCGCACCUGCCCACGGGGCUCCUGGCGCAGCAGCAGCUGCAGCCGCAGCCCGUUGUGCUGCAGCUUGCUCAGGGGGUGCCCAGCCAGCAGCAGGUGGCGGCGCAGCAGGCGGCCAACAGGCAGCGGCUCGCCAUGAUGCAGCAGCAGCUCAACUUGCAGGGGGGCAGGCGCUAG